CUCCCUCUCAGUUAAGUUUCACCCUUCCUCCUUAAGGUAAGACUCUCUAAUUAUCUUCUUCCACAAUAUACAUAUAUAUUAUAGGAUAUGACCAAUGCUUCACACCUCAUCAACAAUUCCUCUCAUCUCCUAUCUUCCUUUCUGUGUAGAAAUGAAGCUCAGGCACUCUUAUUGUACUCCCUUCUCCAUCUUAUUUUUCAUAACUCUCCCCUGCUUGAUCUCUGCACAAGCUUGCCAGAAUUCCUGCGGCAAAAUACCCAUCAGUUAUCCAUUUGGUACUGGCCUUGGCUGUGGCGAUCCACGAUUCCAGAAAUAUGUAACUUGCAAUCAAGACAAGCUCACCUUGACGACCCAUACUGGCUGCUAUCCUGUCACCAACAUAGACUACACCAAUCAAGUUAUAUACAUCUCAGAUCCUUCUAUGUCAACCUGUGCUUGCACCCAACCAAGCAAAGGCUUUGGCCUGGACUGGGAUGCCCCUUUCUCUUUUCAUGAUGAUACUGUCUUUACAUUGCUCGACUGCUCCACCACUUCGUCGCCUAUUUACAAAACUAAUGGCUAUAGUGAUAAUAAUGGCACCGCAGUCCCUCAAUGUGAUAGAACAGGUGCACCCAUUUGCGGUUUCUUGUUCUCCUGCCAAGCUAUCAUCAUGCUCAAUCUCCCAAUCUCUACUUGCUGUGUUUACACCCCGGUUGAUCUCGGACCGUCAUUUGAAAUGGAUUUACAGAAGCUGCAAUGCAGUUCUUAUUCUGGGUUUUAUAGCUUUAGUGGUCAGGAGGCUAAUCCCGAAAAUUGGAAAUAUGGGAUAGCACUAAAGUACAAGUUUAAUGUGUAUAAUGACUAUCCUAGUUCAUGUGCUGAUUGCGAGGGGAGCCAUGGGGUUUGUGGGUAUGGUGGAGCUUACAAUUCUUUUAUCUGUAACUGUCCUAAUGGUCUGAACGCCACAUCAGAUUGUUUCUUUGGAUAUAAUCAUGGUUCAAGCCUUCUCAAAUGGCAGACAGGCAACCGGUUGAUCUGUUCCUUGGCUUUCUUUCUGGUUUGGGCCUUCUUGUAGAGUGUGUGAUGACGAUCAUCAGGGGAUGGAAUUCUAGACCCGCAAGUAAAUUGAAAAUUCUGUUUAGCCAAGGUUAUUGUUUGCAUGAAGAGCACAAUUACGCCGGUUGUAUGUAAGAAAUUUCCAAAAGCCAAUAGUUUCACUUUUCUUUUUGAACUUUUCAGUCUCUGUUUUGGUAAAGAAUACAUGGCAGUGGGAUAUCUAUAUUUUAUGACUCAUUUCAGAAAGUAACUUAAACUUUAGUCUCCCAAGUCUUGAAUUGAAACAAUGAAUUCUUUUAAA